AUGCAGGCAGUAUGGCUGGCUCUUCGCCACUUCCUGCCGGUCUUACGGGACCGCCAUGUCUUAGUCCGAUCAGACAGCAUGACAGUGGUGUCCUACAUAAAUCACCAGGGAGGCCUCUCCUCAAGACGCCUUUUCUCCCUGGUACUUUGCCUCUUGGAAUGGGCUCAGUGCAAUCUGCACUCACUAAGGGCAACUCAUGUGCCAGGCAGACUGAACCAGGGAGCAGAUAUGCUAUCUCGGAACAACGUCCCUUCAGAGGAAUGGACGCUCCACCCCAAGUCGGUUCAGAAAAUUUGGGAAGUCUUCGGCAAGGCAGAAAUCGACCUUUUUGCCUCCAAAGACAACACUCAUUGCCCAACCUAUUUUUCAAAGGACAGGGAUGCCUUGGCCCACAACUGGCCCAACCGGCUCCUCUAUGCCUCCCCCCCAAUCGCUCUCAUACCACAGACGAUCAGGAGGAUCAGAGAACAGGCGCACAAGGUGCUGUUCGUAGCCCCACUCUGGAAGAACCAGCCCUGGGUUGCGCAACUGUCUCAGCUGCUCGUAGCAGCCCCGUGGCCUAUUCCCCUGAGACGGGACCUCCUCUCUCAGGCAGAGCUGUUGGAUAAGGGCCGCUCCCCUUCCACGCUCAAGGCAUAUGUGGCAGCAAUUGCAGCCUCUCAUGCCCCCAUAGCGGGCCAAGGAGUGGGAAAGAAUGACUUGGUCAUUCGUUUCUUGAAGGGUUCCAGGCGGCUACGCCCCCCUCGCCCCCUCACCGUUCCCAUAUGGGAUCUGCCCACGGUGUUGAGAGCUCUGAAGGGCCCUUCCUUCGAGCCUCUACAGUCUGCGGACCUCCGUCCCUUAACACUUAAAACCGCUCUGCUGCUAGCAUUAGCAUCGGUAAAACGUGUGGGCGAUCUGCAGGUGCUCUCUGUGAGCCCCUCCUGUCUUGAGUUUGGGCCUGACAACUCUAAGGUAGUCCUCAAACCUAGACAUGGUUACGUACCUAAGGUGCUCUCUACUCCAUUUAGAGCACAGGUAGUGACACUUUCCGCGCUCCCCUCCUCCGAGCAGGACCCGGAGCUGAAUCUGCUCUGUCCAGUCAGAGCGCUUAAGAUCUACAUUGAGCGUUCCGCCCCAUUCAGGCAGUCGGAACAGCUUUUUGUCUGCUUUGGCAACCACACCAGAGGGGCCAAACUCUUCAAAGGGAAUAAAGUAAAUGGAGAUUAUGAUAUCAAAAUUGAACAGGCUGAGUUUGCUGACAUCAGUGUUGUGGCAUAUGCUAAUGGUUCGUGUAAUGUGGCUGUGCAGAAUGGAAACCAGACUCUCAGGUCAUUUAUGCCUGACUUUGUCCUGAUCCGACAACACGCUUUCAGCAUGACAGACAACGAAGACUUCCGUAAUCUAAUCAUAGGCCUGCAGUACGCUGGCAUUCACAGCAUUAACUCUUUGGAGUCCGUCUACAACCUGUGUGACAAACCCUGGGCGUUUGCUCGGCUGAUCAGCACGUUCAAGAAACUGGGACAUGAGAAAUUCCCGUUGAUUGAACAGACGUUCUAUCCUAACUAUAAAGAAAUGGUGACCAUGCCAGCAUUUCCAGUUGUGGUGAAAAUCGGGCACGCUCACUCUGGCGUGGGGAAGGUGAAAGUGGAGAACCACUCAAAGUUUCAGGACAUAGCUAGUGUGGUUGCCAUCACUCAGACCUACAGCACAUGUGAACCUUUCAUUGAUCCCAAAUAUGACAUCAGGAUUCAGAAGAUUGGAAAUGGUUACAAGGCCUUCAUGAGCACAUCCAUCUCGGGCAACUGGAAGUCCAACACUGGCACUGCCAUGGUGGAGCAAGUGGCAAUGACACCUAGGUAUAAGCUUUGGGUAGAUACCUGUUGUGAGAUUUUUGGGGGCCUUGAAAUUUGCGCUGUCAAAGCCAUUCAUGGCAAAGAUGGAAAAGAUUAUAUUACUGAGGUAAUGGGUUCGUCUAUGCCGUUGGUGGGUGAUCAUCAAGCAGAAGACCAGCAGCUUAUUGCGGACCUGGUCCUUGCCAAAAUGAACCACGUUACGGCACAGAACCCCAAGAGACCUACUGCCAUUCAAUCGAGACAGGAAGAAAUCUCCCAAGAUGGCACUUCAUUGCUGAUAACACCUCCAUGGAUAGUUUCAAAACUCCUCAAAGCAUCAAACUUUCAUGUCUUGGUGCUUUAUCUGCAGAAUCUUAAUGUACUCCUAUCCACUAAUCCAGGGAUUCUCAACCCUUUCAACUCCAAGACUGGGACCACUGAGCCUUGGAUCACCGAACCAGAACUGCAGAGCUUCAGGUUGGGAAGAGGCAAAACCUCUUCUACUCUACUACCAGUACCACGUGAAAGUUAAAGUGGCCAUUUCUCCCCACAAGAGGAGCUACAGUGCACUAGACUGCCUUGGGGACAGCAGCAGUGAACAGUGAAGAAUGAGGCAGGACUGUUCCUCCUGCUUCUCUGUUUGCUUAGGGGUCAUCAGAG